CCAAUCUCCAGUUUCAGAUCGAGAACUCGCAGUCCCCUUCUUCUUGCCUUCAACUCCGCCUGCGUUCGGGAGCUGAGCCUUCUUCUUUCUCUCCUCUCCUAUCCUCUCAUCGUCUCUCUUCCUCCCUCUCCGUCGUGAGACCCUUUCCGAGGAAAGGGGAAUUCUUUAGCUUGUGGGAGUUUGACUGUGAUUGGUAUCGAAAAUGUCGGGAAAAGGAGCUAAAGGUCUGAUAAUGGGGAAAUCCGCGAACAAGGACAAGGACAAGAAGAAGCCCGUCUCGCGCUCGUCACGUGCCGGUCUCCAGUUUCCAGUAGGUCGUGUCCACCGUCAGCUGAAAUCAAGGGUCGCCGCUAAUGGAAGGGUCGGAGCAACUGCAGCUGUUUACACCGCAGCUAUUCUGGAGUACUUGACUGCCGAGGUUCUUGAGCUCGCGGGCAACGCUAGCAAAGAUCUGAAGGUCAAACGUAUCACGCCGAGGCAUUUGCAGCUUGCGAUUCGUGGAGAUGAGGAGCUCGACACCCUGAUCAAAGGAACCAUUGCCGGUGGAGGAGUCAUCCCGCACAUUCACAAGUCGCUGAUCAACAAGUCCUCAAAAGAGUAGAGUCUGUAAACCCCUUGACAAUCAUCAUAUGAUAAUCUUUAUUGCCGGUUGGAAUGUUGAUGAAUCAGUGUUGAGAUGCAAAGACAGUCAGUCUUGUCCCUGUGUAGCAAAUCUACAGAACUGUGCUUCUUUCCAGUGGGAGGAGAAGUUGUCUUUUCUUAGCGGUCUAGCUUUUGGGAUAUUCGAGUUGAACAAUCACUAAUGUAGUAGUUUUAGCUGUGUCCGGGAAGUUCUCGCUAUCCUCACUCGCUCUUCUAUGGUUUUCAUUUUUCUUGUUCUUUCAAAUUUGCUCUGAUCUGAGCAACUGACUCCAUUGGAUAUACGGAAAUAUUCGAUUUGUGAUAGUA